AUGUGUCGCUUAAGCAAGGAGCUGGGUUUUAAUCUGACUCCCGGCUUGGCCGAGUGGCUUGCCCUUUAUGCAGCCUAUUUGCCUGGAGACAGGAAGCUUGGAUUCCCACAUUCUCACCUGCAGAUCCAGGGAGGGCUUCAUUCAUUUCUUCAAUGGAUCUCAUUUAACAACUCAGCAGGAGAAAUGGUGUCCUUCAAUGAUCGAAGGGAAACCGAAGGUGGAUUUGACAUCAUUAAUUUGGUCACCUUCCCCAAUGCCUCCUUCCAGAAAGUGAAAGUUGGAAAAGUUGAUCCCAAUGCUCCUGAAGGAGAAGAAUUCAUCAUUAAUGGUGAUAUGAUUGUGUGGCACAGAGGGUUUAACCAGAAUAACAACAUAUGUUUUUAUAUGUUAUUAUACAUAUCUCAUUGUAACUCUUUCCAUGCUUAUGGGCAGGUGCUUCCCCUUUCUGUGUGCAAUGAAUGCUGCCAGCCUGGCAAUCAGAAGAAAAGGAAGGAAGGGGAGAAGUUUUGCUGCUAUGAUUGUGAUCCAUGCCCAGAUGGGAAGAUUUCAAAUGAGACAGAUACGGAUGACUGCUUCAACUGCCCGGAGGAUCAAUAUCCAAACAAACACAACAAUGGGUGCAUCCACAAAACCUUAAUAUUUCUGUCGUAUCAAGAACCUUUGGGAUUAAGUUUAUCCUCCAUUGCUGUUUCUUUCUCCUUGAUCACAGCCUUAGUGUUGGGAACUUUUUUAAAGCACAAAGAGAGCCCCAUAGUCAAAGCGAACAACCGGGGCCUCACCUACACUCUCCUCAUCUCUCUCCUGCUCUGCUUCUUAUCCUCUUUGCUCUUCCUUGGCCAUCCUGGGGAAGUGACGUGUCUCAUCCGACAAGCAGCUUUUGGCAUCGUCUUUUCAGUGGCCAUUUCUUCUGUCCUUGCCAAAACCACCAUAGUUUCUCUAGCCUUCAUAGCCACAAAACCUGGUUCUCGGAUGAAGAAAUGGCUGGGAAAAAGACUGGCUUGUUCCAUCGUCAUGUCCUGUUCCAUUAUUCAAGCAAGCGUUUGUGUUGUGUGGCUGGCCACUUCUCCCCCAUUCCCUGAUGUCGACAUGCACUCAGAAACUGAAGAAAUCAUUGUGCAAUGUAAUGAAGGGUCCGAGACCAUGUUUUAUUCUGUCCUGAGCUACAUGUGGCUCUUGGCCAUCACCAGCUUCAUCGUGGCCUUCGUAGCACGCAAAUUGCCAGAUAGUUUUAAUGAAGCCAAAUUUAUCACAUUCAGCAUGUUGGUUUUUUGCAGUGUGUGGGUCACCUUUGUUCCCACCUACCUGUCCACAAGAGGAAAAGACAUGGUGGCUGUGGAGAUCUUCUCCAUCUUGUCUUCCGCUGCUGGAUUACUGGGUUGUAUCUUUUUGCCUAAAUGCUACACAAUUCUGCUGAGGCCUGAGCUGAACAGCAGGGAACAACUCAUAAGGAGAAAGGAUUGA